AUGCUUGGUUUCCUGUUCCAGGACCCCAACGCAGACACCGAGUGGAAUGACAUCUUACGCAAAAAGGGCAUAUUGCCCUCAAAGGAAAGUGCCAAAGAACUAGAAAAGGAGGCCGAGGAGGAGGAGCAGCGACUCUUUCAGCAGUCAGUUGGGCUAUUGGAUUUGGGCACUUCCGAGGUUCCCUUCAAUCUCACAGCUUGUCUGUGUCAAGUGCAGAUGGUCAUCCUGAAGAAAGUAUCUCUACAUCUGAUUUCCAGAUGGGUAAUCUUGCACCUUUACAAACAAGGGAUUCCCCUCUGUGCUCUGAUAAAUCAACACUUCCGUGGACUUGCAAGGAAGUUUCCAGAUGUUAAAUUUAUCAAAGCCAUUUCAACAACCUGCAUACCCAAUUAUCCUGAUAGGAAUCUGCCCACGAUAUUUGUUUAUCUCAAAGGAGAUAUCAAGGCUCAAUUUAUUGGACCUCUGGUGUUUGGUGGCAUGAACCUGACAAGAGAUGAGUUGGAGUGGAAAUUGGCCGAGUCUGGAGCAAUCAAGACAGACCUGGAGGAGAACCCCAAGAAACAAGUAGAAGACGUGCUCCUGUCUUCAGUGCGCUGCUCGGGGCCCGUGAGGAGAGACAGCGGCUCUGAGGAUGACUGAGGCGCCAGCAGGAGCAGCAUGCUGAGCUUCCUUGAUGUGACAAAUCAUCGAGACGUUUUCAAAGAAAAUCUAGAACGCCAUCCUUGAGUUUUAGCCUUUUAUAUACAAGUAUGUUUUAAUUUUCAUAUCCGAGAUAAUUAUUGCUGGGAACCUUUUAAAAUUUUUUGCAGGUCUCUUUUUAACUUAAUAUUUCCUUAAAAAGACAAAAUAAAAACCAGAUAUUAGUGUGAGAAAUGUUUCUGUUUUCCUUAAAUUUUAAAUAAACUGUAAAAUGCUCCAUUCACAACUUGUUGUAAAGGAAUAUGGGAGUUUUUAAAUGUGAAUAAAUGAUACAAUAGAAAAUGUGUGAUAUUAA